GUGGAUGAAAAAGGGUCCUUUCGAGCUGGUUGGGGUGCUCGUUACACAACCGCCUCAAUACGGCUCUUUCAGACCUCCGGACUUCAGCUUGCUUCCCCAUCUAAGUGUUCAAGCGGCGUCUAUCAUGCCGUCCCCGCGAUACUCGUACACUCUGACAGCACAGGAGGAGCCGGCCGCCGCUCUCCCGCCGGCCAAGUCCGACGUGCGGCGUAUGGCUCCGUCCUUGUCCCGGUCCAAGCUGAUGUCCACCUUCAUGGGACUCAUCAUCAACCAGGCCAAGAAGCAGAGUCCACAAGGCCUGGUGGGACUGAAGAACCUGGGCAACACGUGCUUUAUGAACUCCAUCCUCCAGUGUUUGAGUAACACUCCUGAAUUGAGGGACUACUGCCUGAGGGAAGUCCAUCAAACAGACCUCAAUUUACAGAACAACAGGACUAAUUCGGCCCUUGUGGAAGAGUUCGCCAAACUGAUUCAGAGCCUUUGGACAUCAGUCAACACCGAAACAUUCGUCCCCUCCAAUUUCCGGAACCAGGUCCAGAUUUGCACUCCCAAAUUCGCCGGUUGCAAUCAACAGGACGCCCAGGAGUUUCUGCGUUUCCUGCUGGACGCCCUCCACAUGGAGGUGAACAAAGCCACGACGUGCCCCAGGCCGUCCGUCGAGGACUUUGACCAGCUCUCUGACAACGAGAAAUCCAAACGGAUGUGGAGUAUGUAUGUAGAGCGGGAAGACAGCAAAGUCGUGGAUUUGUUUGUCGGGCAGCUGAAAAGCUCACUGACUUGCACAGUAUGCGGCUUCCGAUCCACUGUCUUCGAACCCUUCUGGGACCUGUCCAUCCCAAUCGCGCCGAUCUCCGGUGAGGUGACUCUAAAAGACUGCUUGAGGGUAUUCACCAAAGAGGAUGUGUUGGACGGAGACGAAAGGCCGACGUGCAACAAAUGCAAAACCAGGCAGAAAUGCACCAAACGAUUCAGCAUUCAGAAGUUCCCGCAGAUUCUAGUGCUUCAUCUCAAGCGUUUCUCUGACUCCAACGUCCGAGCCAGCAAACUGUCCACGUACGUCGACUUCCCCCUUAAAGACCUGGACCUGAAGGAGUUCGCCUCCGAGAGCAGUGAGCGCUCCGUGUAUAACCUUUACUCCGUCUCCAACCACUGGGGCAACACGCUGGGUGGCCAUUACACGGCCUACUGCAAAAACACCACUGUUGGCGAGUGGUACAGCUUCAACGAUGGCAGGAGCCUGCUUCCCUUCAGCAAGCUGCGAGAAGAGGACUUGUUUUGGGAGGCGAGAGUCAGGGAUUCGGACAACAUGGUCAUUCCAUCUCAGCUGGUUUUGGGCAAUGGUGGCAGUGAUGGUGGAAAUAUUUGCUUGCUCCAAGUUGCUGAUGUUGGUGCGCCUGUCCACCCAGCUGAUCUCAAGGAUUUUUCGAAGGCAUCUUUGAUGGUGUGCCUCAAGUGCCUUUAGGUGCCUGCUGUACGUGGUCCAGGUCUCUGAUCUCAAAGUGGGAAGCACCACUGCUUUAUAGACCAGGAUUUUUGUUGUUGCCUGGAUAUCGCGAUUCUCAAAGUCUCUCCUCCUUAGCCUUGAGAAAGCCCCACUGGCACUGAUGAGACGACGGUGUAUUUCAUCGUCGAUGACAGCUUUUGACGAGAGAAGGCUGCUAAGGUAUGGGAAGUGGUCGACAUUUUUCAGUCGGAUGUUCUCAAUGGAAAUGUCUCGGGUAUGGCAAGUGUGCUGCAGUUUGGUGGUGGUUGGUCAAGUACUUGUGCCUUUUUUAUAUUGAUGGCCAGACCAAGCUGUUUGUAUGCUUUAACAAAGGCAGGCAGGUGGGUUAAGUGAUGGUCAGGGGAGGCACAUCUCUGGAAGGACAGACAGACCUCUACAGGUAAGAUAAUGGAACCCUGACUGCAAUUAGGUAUUGGGAUGAAAUCCUUACACCCAUUGUCAUAAGCUACGCUUGUGUUCUUCCCUAAGGAAGAAGAAAUGCAUAACAUUGACUAGCCCUCACGUUUGCCUGACCUAAGCCCAAUAGAGUAACUCUGGGACAUUAUGUUUAGGUCCAUCUAGCGCUGCCAGGUUGCUCCUCUGACUGUCCAGGAGCUCAGUGAUGCCCUGGUCCAGAUCUGGGUGGAAAUCCCCCAGGACACCCUCCAUCGUCUCAUUAGGAGCAUGCCCAAGCAUUGUCGGGAGGUCAUACAGGCACGAGGA